GGUAGAAAGUGUGUAAACCCUUUCGUCUGUCUGUUUGUAGAAAGAGAAAGUGUGUAAGAGCUGCACUCACGUUUUUGUACUUUGUAAAUCGUAAAAGAGCUCCUUGUUGGUUUUUUUGGGAUGCUUUUGUUUGCAUUUGAAGAGAUUUGUACAUUAAAGAAAAGGAAAAGACAAAAACAAAAUCGAAAUACCUUUUUCUCAAUGGUUGCUCGGCUUGCUCAGAUUUGGGUGUUGAAUAUCAAUUUGUUUUCGAUCUGGGUUUCUAAUUAAGCCUCUGUUAGGUCUGUUUUUUUUUUGUUUAUCUAUGAAUCGCAGCUUCUGACUGAUGGAACAAUCCGUUCAACAGCAAUCUUCAAAUGCUCAUAGGGGAUUUCGAGUUCAAGCUCCGCUGGUUGAAUCUGUAUCCUGUUACUGCAAGGUGGAUGCUGGCCUGAAAACAGUUGCUGAGGCAAGGAAAUUUGUCCCAGGGUCAAAACUUUGCAUCCGGCCCGAUAUUAAUCCUAAUGCACACAAGAGCAAAAACUCGCGUAGGGAGAGAAGCCGAGUCCAGCCUCCACUUCUGCCUGGUCUUCCUGAUGACCUUGCCAUUGCGUGUCUGAUUCGGGUUCCUCGUGCUGAACAUCGAAAGCUUCGUCUAGUUAGUAAGAGAUGGUAUCGACUACUGGCUGGUAACUUCUUUUAUUCACUUAGGAAAAGUCUUGGUAUGGUGGAAGAGUGGGUUUAUAUUGUCAAGAGAGACCGUGAUGGAAAGGUCUCGUGGAAUGCUUUUGAUCCCAUGAGUCAGCUCUGGCAGCCACUUCCACCAGUCCCCAGGGAGUACUCUGAGGCCCUUGGCUUUGGUUGUGCUGUUCUGAGUGGUUGCCAUUUGUACUUAUUUGGAGGGAAGGAUCCACUAAAGGGUUCUAUGAGACGAGUCAUUUUCUACAGUGCCCGAACAAACAAAUGGCAUAGGGCUCCCGAUAUGCUUCGAAAACGUCAUUUCUUUGGCUCAUGUGUCAUUAAUAACUGCCUUUAUGUGGCUGGAGGAGAAUGUGAGGGAAUCCAGAGGACACUCCGAUCUGCUGAAGUGUAUGAUCCGAACAAGAACCGCUGGAGCUUUAUUUCAGAUAUGAGCACAGCUAUGGUCCCCUUUAUUGGUGUCAUUUACGAUGGAAAGUGGUUUCUAAAAGGUCUCAGUUCCCACCGUGAGGUCAUGAGUGAAGCCUAUGAUCCUGAUGCUAAUACCUGGACUCCAAUCAAUGAUGGAAUGGUUGCUGGUUGGCGCAACCCCAGCAUAUCUCUAAAUGGACGACUCUAUGCGUUGGAUUGCCGGGACGGGUGCAAGGUUAGAAUUUAUGAUGGAGCCACAGAUUCAUGGAACAGAUUGAUAGAUAGUAAGCUCCACCUUGGGAGCUCCCAUGCUUUGGAGGCUGCUGCUCUUGUCCCACUCAAUGGGAAGCUUUGCAUUGUUCGUAACAACAUGAGCAUCAGUCUGGUCGAUGUUUCAAGCCCCGACAAACAAGUAGAGAGUAACCCUCAUCUCUGGGAAAAUAUUGCAGGGAGAGGACAUUUUAGGACUCUUGUGACAAAUUUAUGGUCAAGUAUAGCAGGCCGAAAUGGUUUGAAAAGUCACAUUGUGCAUUGUCAGGUGCUUCAAGCAUGACAACCAGAAUUCAUUUGCUCAUGGCUUUCAUCGCCUACUGCGAAUUAUCUUGGUUAAAUUGUCUGUUUAUACUUCAGGAGAGAUUGAAUCAACAGUGAACUGCCUGGGGAGUGGUUUGAUGUUCAUACUGAAUUGUGUUGGCUUAUAUUUGAGCCAAGGAAGUUAAAAAUGACAGAUAUAGUGGUGGAUUGGUCAAGAAGUAUUGGCAAGGUGACAAUGGCCGACUGUUGAUUUUGGCAAUAGAACCUGUUAGGUAAUUUCUUUACUGAAGCGAAAAUAUAGCAAGAUACCUGUAAAUCUUGGCCUUUUGCUCUUUGGCAAUGCCUUUAAUUGGGUUGGGUUCCUGUCUUACUAGUAUGUAAUCUCCUUAGUUGCUCUAUGAAUGUACAUGGGUUUAUUUCGGAUCGGACA